AUCUUUAACAUUCUUCAUUUGAUUUUGUUUCGGUUUAUCGUUUUUUCUACUAAGUUUUUAUUUGAAUUUUGCAGGUUCCGGGCUGUCAAUCUAUAUAGUUUUCCCCCGAUUUUACCUGACUAUUUCUUGCAGGAUCUUAAAUAGUUUAUUGCUUUUUUUGUUUCUCUUUUAUUGUAUAUAACUCUUUUUUUUUUGGAUACUUGAUACUAUGGAUGCUAUGGACGCAGGAUCUUUGAAUUCUUUUUCAAACUUGACGGGUCAAUCUAGAUGGCCACUUCAAGAACAGGUUCUCCUGAGAAGAAAUUCUUCUAAAGAAAAUAUGGACAGAUUCAUACCAAACCGUUCAGCAACGGACUUCGAUUAUGCGCAUUGCAUGCUGACAGGAUGGAAGGUCAAAGAGAAUGAAUCAGUGUGCUCCCCUGCCAGGGAGGCCUACAGGAAGCUGCUGGCUGAGGCUUUGAACAUGAACCGGACCCGAAUUUUGGCUUUCAAGAAUAAGCCACCAGAACCAGUUGAACUCUUCCCUUCUGAGAACUUGACUUCAGUUCAUCUGACCAAAUCCGCAAAGCCUAGAAGACACAUUCCCCAGAGCUCCGAGAGAACAUUGGAUGCCCCUGAUCUCAUUGAUGACUUUUACCUGAAUUUAUUGGAUUGGGGUAGCAGCAAUGUGCUAGCAAUAGCACUUGGAAACACUGUGUAUUUGUGGGAUGCUUCAGAUAGUUCUACCUCGGAACUCGUUACUGUUGAUGAUGAAAAUGGACCAAUAACAAGUGUGAGUUGGGCACCUGAUGGUCGGCAUAUUGCUGUUGGCUUGAACAAUUCUGAAGUACAACUAUGGGAUUCGGCUUCCAACAAACAGCUGCGAACUCUGAGAGGUUGUCACAGAUCAAGAGUGGGUUCUAUGGCAUGGAACAAUCACAUUCUUACAACAGGAGGAAUGGAUGGUCAGAUUGUUAACAAUGAUGUGAGAAUUAGAUCUCAUAUUGUCGAAACAUACAGAGGACACCAGCAAGAGGUUUGUGGGCUAAAAUGGUCAGCUUCCGGACAACAACUAGCCAGCGGAGGCAAUGAUAAUCUUGUUCACAUAUGGGAUAGGUCCAUGGCAUCUUCGAAUUCACCAACACGAUGGCUGCACAGGUUGGAGGAUCAUACUUCAGCUGUCAAAGCCCUUGCUUGGUGCCCUUUCCAGAGCAAUUUGCUGGCCACUGGUGGAGGUGGUGGUGAUCGAAGCAUAAAAUUUUGGAACACACAUACUGGUGCAUGCUUGAAUUCAGUUGAUACAGGCUCUCAGGUGUGUGCUUUGCUGUGGAGCAAGAAUGAAAGGGAGCUUUUGAGUUCUCAUGGAUUUACGCAGAAUCAAUUGACACUUUGGAAAUAUCCAUCCAUGGUGAAGAUGGCAGAGCUAACCGGUCACACAUCUAGGGUACUUUACAUGGCUCAAAGCCCUGAUGGCUGCACAGUGGCUUCAGCUGCAGGAGACGAGACAUUAAGAUUCUGGAAUGUUUUUGGGGUCCCAGAAGUGGCUAAAACUGUUCAAAAAGCGCACCAUGAGCCAUUCUCUCAGGUGAACCGUAUCCGAUGAUAAAGAAAAGGACUAGGAGUUGAACCAUGGUGUAUCUUGAACCCCAACUCUACCAAAUGGUCCAAUUGUGUAGUUCCUUCAGAACCAGCUUCAAGUUCUCCAAUGGUAGAAUGUUAGAUUCAGACAAUAUUUACAUCAUCUGGAGCACAUGUCACUGUGGGAGGCAUAGAAGUGUGGUGGAUUCUUUGUUUUGAAUAAGCCCUUUCUUCAAUACGAAUCCCAGAACUGUGAGUAAAGUUGUAUUACAGAUUUUAGAGAUCAACUAUUCUGUUGUCAUUAUCCUUUUGUAUCUUAUUUUGCAGACAAAUGAAUUGGUGGUUAAUUC